GCGCUCGCUCCGUUGCAAGCGCCAAAACCCCACCCCCAGCUCCUGCCUAAGGUUCUGGCCCGCCGCUUCGCCCCUCCCCACAUACCUCUGCUCCAGAUCCAUUUCGGAGGCGCAACCAACGCGCCACGCAGUAGGAGGCACGAGCACGAGCGCGUGCGUACGUAAGCGCGCGCCGACUCGGGCGCAAGGAGGCCCCGCCUUUUCGUCCCGCCCCGCCCCGCCCCCGUCGGCCUCUCCUCCGGCUACUCUCCUGGCUUUUAGGAUCCCGGCACCCGCGCGCGCUCUGCAGCUAUGGAGGUACCUGGGAGCCUGUGCAAGAAAGUCAAGCUGAGCAAUAAUGCGCAGAACUGGGGGAUGCAGAGAGCAACUAAUGUCACCUAUCAAGCUCACCAUGUCAGCAGGAACAAGAGAGGUCAGGUCGUGGGGACCAGAGGUGGUUUUCGUGGCUGCACAGUUUGGCUGACAGGCUUGUCUGGAGCAGGAAAGACCACAGUGAGCAUGGCUCUGGAGGAGUACUUGGUUUGCCACGGUAUCCCAUGCUACACUUUGGAUGGUGACAACAUCCGUCAAGGCCUCAAUAAAAAUCUUGGCUUUAGUCCUGAAGACAGAGAAGAGAAUGUUCGACGCAUUGCAGAAGUUGCUAAGCUGUUUGCAGAUGCUGGCUUAGUGUGCAUCACAAGUUUUAUAUCCCCUUAUACUCAGGAUCGCAACAAUGCAAGGCAAAUUCAUGAGGGUGCAAGUUUACCGUUUUUUGAAGUAUUUGUUGAUGCUCCUCUGCAUGUUUGUGAACAGAGGGAUGUUAAAGGACUCUACAAAAAAGCACGGGCUGGAGAAAUUAAAGGUUUCACUGGAAUCGAUUCUGAGUAUGAAAAACCAGAGGCUCCAGAAUUGGUGCUGAAAACAGACUCCUGUGAUGUGAACGACUGUGUCCAGCAGGUUGUGGAACUUCUACAGGAACGGGAUAUCGUACCUGUGGAUGCCUCUUACGAAGUAAAAGAACUGUAUGUGCCAGAAAACAAACUCCAUCUGGCAAAAACAGAUGCAGAAACAUUGCCAGCAUUGAAAAUUAAUAAAGUAAGUGCUUUGUUGGUCUUCGUACCUAGUGAUUUAGCCUUAAUAUAUACUCACUAUCUGUAUACUUUGUUUUUUAGCUAUGUUUGAGGACAUGGGUACUGGUGGCUGGGGGUUAGUUGUAGUUUAUGUCACAAUUUCCAGGAUUUGGAAAUGUAUUUAAUGUAUUUAAUGUCAUAAGAUUUAUCUAUUUUGAAAUAGCAA